UUAUUUCCUCAAUCAGAACAACCUGGCCAUCGCUUACUCGCUCAGUGAACUAGCCUUCAUUUGCGGCUUUCACUUUGUCUCAAACAGUCAUCGUCAACUAUUUUCUCCGUCGUCGUUUCUUGACUGACUGGUUUACAAACUCUUACCGAAGCCGAAUUCACUGUGAUCUUAUGUAAAGUUACGCGCGUCAAUCAUUCACAGCAAUUAUUGCACCAACUUGUGAUUUUAUUAAUUUUCCAUACUCCUGGGUCUCUUUGGCAUGAUAAUCAUGUCUUCUUGGAGUCCUGAGUUGGGGAUAAAGGUUUAUGGGUUAGCUGCCUCAGCACUGAUUGGAGCACUCCUGUUUCUCAUCCUGUUGAUAAGACUGUUCACAUACUUCACGCUCGGUGUUUGCAGAUCACAGAAGAAAAUGAACGGCAAAGUAGUUGUGGUUACUGGAGCCAAUUCUGGAAUUGGCAAGGAAACGGCCAUGGACAUGGCAAGGAGAGGAGCCAGAGUGAUCAUGGCCUGCAGAAAUUUGGAGAGUGGCAACAAAGUUAGAUCUCAAAUAAUUUUGGAAACGAAAAACCCCAACGUGAUCCUCAUGAAACUGGAUUUGAGCAAUUUGAACUCGGUGAGAGAAUUCGCCGCCGAAGUUAACCAAUCAGAAAAGAGGCUGGAUGUGCUGAUCCACAAUGCAGGCAUGGCCAAUACGUUCACCAAGCAGACCACCAUGGAUGGACUGGAAAUCACCAUGGCCACCAACCAGUAUGGUCCUUUCCUAUUGACACAUCUAUUGAUUGACUUAUUGAAGAAGACCGCUCCAAGUCGAAUUGUGAUUGUAGCUUCAGAGUUGUACCGAUUUGCCAAACUGAAUUUGGACAAUCCGAACCCUGUCAAUAGUCUGCCUGCUUACCUCUAUUAUGUAUCCAAAUACGCCAACAUCAUGUUCACAUUGGAGCUCGCCAGAAGACUGAAAGGGACUGGUGUAACUGCCAACUGUAUCCAUCCUGGAAUGAUUGACUCUGGAAUUUGGAGAAACGUUCCAUUCCCACUCAAUUUGCCAUUGAAGUUGAUUGUCAAAGGAUUUUUCAAGAGCCCAAAGGAAGGAGCCCAGACCACCAUCUACUGUGCUGUUUCCGAGGAGGUUGAGGGAGUUUCAGGAAAAUACUUUUUGGACUGCAAGGAGAAUGGUCUGUCUGAAGGAGUCCAGGACAUGGCAAAGAAUAAAAAAUACUGGGAAAUUUGCGAGAAGCUUGUUCAUCUUCAAGCAUCAGAUCCAAAGAUUUAAUUUUAUGCAGUUAUAGAAGAUCUAAAAUAUGAUCUUCACGUGAAAUCUUAAUAAUUUUUUACCUACUGUAAUAAAUUUUCAACAUUGCAGUGCAUCGCUAAUAUUUUAGGGAAAUUAUAUUUCAGCUGUAAUGUAUGUUGUAUUGAAUAAAAACUUGUUUUAAUGUUUCUAAAA